AUGCCGGAGAAGGCGGUGGACGACGUCAUGGAGGCCGCGGUGGGGGCCCACUUCAGCGGCCUCCGCCUCCAGGCGCUGCGCCUCUCCACCUCCACCUCCGCCCCCACUUCCCCUUCCUCCUCCCCCGCCGCCGCGGCGCACACGCACUCCAACGGCGCCGUCUACGCCAACGGCACUGCCGAGCUCCCCUCCCCUGCGGCUGCCCGGCAGCCUUUCGUCAUCGGUAGGUCGUCAUGCGACCCCUCCCUGCUAGCGCUCGCCGCUCCAGCGGGUGGAAUGGCCAGCUCGGCCCCGCCCUUUCUCGGAUUCUCGUGCUGCCUAGCCCGCUCCUCAUUUGUUGGUCCUGAUUCAGAAUUUCUGCUUGAUUUUCUCAAAGGGGUUUCUGGAGGGACGGCGUCGGGGAAGACGACGGUGUGCGACAUGAUUAUCCAGCAGCUGCACGACCACCGCGUCGUGCUCGUUAACCAGGAUUCAUUCUACCGUGGCCUAACUGCUGAAGAGUCUGCACAUGCACAAGACUACAAUUUUGAUCACCCUGAUGCAUUUGAUACAGAACAACUUCUGGAUUGCAUGGGACAACUGAAACGUGCUCAACCUGUAAAUGUUCCUAUAUAUGAUUUCAAGAAGCAUCGUCGGUGUUCUGGCAGCUUUAGGAAGGUCAAUGCAUCAGAUGUCAUUAUUUUGGAGGGCAUUUUAGUCUUCCAUGAUCAGAGAGUUCGCAAUCUGAUGGACAUGAAAAUUUUCGUAGACACAGAUGCUGAUAUUAGGCUUGCUCGACGAAUCAGGCGUGAUACAGUUGAAAGAGGAAGAGACAUUAGCUCAGUGCUUGACCAGUAUGGGAGGUUUGUGAAGCCAGCAUUCGAUGAUUUUGUUUUGCCUUCAAAGAAGUAUGCUGACGUGAUCAUUCCUCGAGGAGGUGAUAACCAUGUAGCAGUUGAUCUGAUUGUUCAUCAUAUCCGUACCAAACUUGGUCAGCAUGACUUGUGCAAAAUCUAUCCGAAUGUUCAUGUUGUUCAAUCAACUUUUCAGAUCCGAGGAAUGCAUACUCUUAUUCGUGAUAGGGAAAUUACUACACCUGACUUUGUCUUUUAUUCAGAUCGAUUGAUCCGUUUGGUAGUGGAGCAUGGUCUUGGACAUUUGCCAUUUACAGAAAAGCAGGUUAUUACUCCAACAGGAUCUGUUUAUAUGGGAGUUGACUUCUGUAAGAAGCUCUGUGGAGUGUCUAUUGUGCGAAGUGGUGAGAGUAUGGAGAACGCAUUGCGUGCUUGUUGUAAAGGAAUAAAAAUUGGUAAAAUUCUAAUUCAUCGUGUUGGAGACAAUGGACAGCAGCUUGUUUAUCACAAACUGCCCAUGGAUAUUGCUGAACGACAUGUUCUACUUCUGGAUCCAGUGCUUGGUACAGGUAACUCAGUGGCCCAAGCAAUUGACCUUCUGAUAAGAAAAGGUGUUCCUGAGGGUCGGAUCAUUUUCCUCAAUCUCAUCUCGGCUCCUGAAGGGAUUCAGUGUAUUUGCAAGCGAUUUCCUUCUUUGAAGAUUGUAACGUCUGAAAUCGAUUAUGGUCUGAACGAGGAAUUCAGGGUGAUACCAGGACUGGGAGAAUAUGGUGACCGCUACUUCGGCACAGACAAUUGA